CUAGAAAACUCUUGUAACUAUCUGAUUCUCGAAUCACUGGAGAAUAUACUUUACGAUGGGUUGUACGACCUCCAAGCUCGACGACCUUCCUGCGGUUGCGCUUUGUCUCGACCGUUGCGGUUUCCUCCAAACCGCGAUUCAGCAGCGUUACGCUCUCGCCGACUCCCACCUCUCCUACACGCAGUCCCUCCAAGUAGUCGCCCAGUCUCUUCACACCUUCAUCGAUCACCACCACCGCUUCGCCGGAGAAGACUCUCACCACCCGCCGGAAGAAGAUGACGACGAUUCACCCAAGAGAGCGGACUCCGGGUCGGGUCAUAUCGAAUUCGAUUCGGACUCCGACGAGAUUGACUCCUUGCAUCACUCAUCUCCUCUCCACGAGGAUCCGAGUUUUACCCGUUACUCGAAUCCGGAUCCUCCGUCGUCUUCGUAUUUGCAUAUGAACUACAUGAAGAACAGCUCGAUGCCUCCUUCCGUCGUCUACGAGCAGAGACCUUCGAGCCCUCAGAGAGUUUACUUGGGCGAAUCGUCAGCCUCUAACUAUGAUAAUCCAUACCCGAGCUACGGACCUUCGAAACCGCCUCCUCCGCCGCCACCGAGGACGGAGGGUUGGGACUUCUUGAACCUUUUCGAUUACGCUCCGUACACUCUUACUCAGGAUGAUUCGAGAGAGGUGAGGGAGGAAGAGGGUAUUCCCGAUUUGGAAGACGAUUUCCAUCGCGAGGUUGUGAAGGAAGUUCAUGGGAAGCAGAAACUCGUCGCCGGAAAAGCUCCGGUUCCGGCCGUGGACGACAAGGAAGAGCCGCCGGGUGGUGGUGGUGGUCAGGCUUCUCGGUUUCAGACUAGGCCGAGCCUGGCGGUUGAGAAAGAAGACAAGGAGGAGUACGAGGUUCACGUCGUGGAGAAGAAAGUUGUUAAGAGUGGUGGAGAGGAAGCGCCACGUGGCGGUGGUGUCAGGAGAGGGGUGCCUGAGGUUGCGAAAGAGAUAGAAGCUCAGUUCUUUAGAGCUGCAGAGUCAGCAAGUGAGAUUGCUGUGCUGCUUGAAGUGGGGAAACAACAUCCUAAUGCUCGCAAACAUGGUUAUGGAGCAGCAGCUUCGUCAAAGAUGAUACAAGAAGUAACUCCAUCGCCUUCUGUGGUCUCGUCGUCUCAACCAUCAACCUCUAAGAAAGCUAAAGCCUCUUCUUCCGCGGCAGCAGCUGCACCUACAUACGCAGAUAUUGAGGCAGAGCUUGCAUUAAGGUCUCGUAAUCUGUCUUCCACAUUGCACAAGCUACACCUAUGGGAGAAGAAGCUCUACGAAGAAGUCAAGGCUGAGGAAAAACUGCGUUUAUUACACGAGAGGAAGUUAAGGAAGCUGAAGCGUAUGGAUGAAAGAGGUACCGAUGCUCCCAAGGUAGAUUCAACAAGAAGAUUCGUGAGAAGUUUGUCCACCAAGAUAAGGAUCGCCAUCCAAGUCGUUGACAAAAUAUCCGUUACAAUCAACAAGAUAAGAGACGAAGAGCUAUGGCUGCAACUGAAUCAAUUGAUCCAAGGGCUGAGCAGAAUGUGGAAAUCCAUGCUUGACUGCCAUCGAAGCCAGUGUAAAGCUAUUAAGGAAGCCAGAGGUUUAGGCUCCAUUAGAGCGAGCAAAAAGCUCCCUGAUGAUCAUCUCGAGGCUACAAGGGUGCUUGGGCAUGAUCUUAUAAACUGGAUUCUGAGAUUCUCAGGCUGGGUUAGCGUGCAAAAGGGUUUUGUAAGAGGACUCAAUAGUUGGCUUAUGAAGUGUUUAAUCUACGAACCUGAGGAAACUCCUGAUGGAAUCGUUCCUUUUUCUCCUGGUCGUCUCGGGGCUCCGAUGAUUUUCGUGAUCUGUAACCAGUGGGAGCAAGCUUUAGAUAGAAUAUCUGAGAAGGAAGUUGUGGAGGCCAUGCGCAGAUUCACAGCCAGUGUGCUUCAUCUUUGGGAGCAAGAUAGGUUAGAAACGAUGGAGAGGAUGAUAGGGCAUGGUGGUGAGGAACAGAGAAUACAGAAAGAGAUUCAAGAAAUGGAAAGCAAAAUGGUUCUGGUUGGUUCAGGCGGAGACCGAAGCGACACUAGUAACGAAAGUUUACAGGGUAGUCUUCGGCGUAUUUUUGAAGCUAUGGAGAGGUUCUCAGCGGAAUCUGUGAGGGCUUAUGAUGAUCUCUUGGAGCGUGCUGCUGAAAAAGAAAACAGCUCUCAAGAAUCAGAGGAAGACUAAUUAGAAGAUGAUUAUACACUUGUGGAGAUGAUCAUUCUCAUGCCUGCCCAUGGUUGCAAUGAUCGCCUUGACUUGGCUCCGUGGAGGUCUGUAGACCGGAGCCCAGACUUGAAUCGAAUCACCGGGAAGGUAACAUAUCGUCUUUCCAAGACUCAGGCCAGAACCGGUUGCUAAGACAUGGGAUAAGAGAUGGGUCGAUGCUCGAGUGCUUGUGCUAGUUGAGAACUGGAUGGUUGGCUAUAUACCAUGCUUGAUAACUUGCAACAGAUGAUUUUAGUUACAGAUGUGAAGGAGGGAUGUAUAGAAUUCUUCUUCUGUGUUCAUAUUUCCUAACGGUUUCUUGAUAUGAUUAGUUUGCACAUAUAGUAAGUUAGUAACAUAAAAUGCUUUGAAAAUGUUAUGAGGGUUCUUUAAAUCUGUACAAAAGUUCGCAAAAUACUAACAUUGAUUCAUGAAACCCGCUUGUCAACUCAAGCAAGAUCUUAUUGUCACUUUCA